UUUGAAGGUGAAGGUGUGCUACGAAAGUAUAGUUGCUGUUGAAACGAUGGACUCUUCACCGGUUGUGCUUUCAACUGACCAUUCUUCGAAUGGUAUUAGGACGAGCAACUCGACGGUGGAACGCGCUCAAGCGAAUACCACGCAAAAUGCGAAUGAAGCAUACGAGGAGGAGUAUGAUACCAGUAACCCACGCCGUGGUGUAGCCAUCAUCUUACACCACGAGAACUUUGAGCUGAUGAGUAAACGCGAAGGGAGCCGCAGAGAUCGCGAUACCGCCAUCACGGUCCUAACCAACAUGCAGUUUGAUGUCCGCGUGUAUGACGAUCUGCGAUUUGAGGAGCUGCAAACGGUACUGGAACGACUUGCCGGCGAGGAUCAUUCGGCUAGUGACUGCUUGUUGGUAAUGAUCAUGACGCAUGGAGAUGAUGACGUGCUGUAUGCCUACGAUGGCGUGUAUUCGGUUGACGUGCUGUUUGAACGUUUUAUGGGUGACGCGUGCCCGACGCUACUCGGCAAGCCAAAGCUCUUCUUCGUACAGGCCUGCCGUGGGACGGAGUUCGAUAAAGGAGUGAAGUUGCGCCAGUGCGGUCUGGAUGAAGAUAACUCAACGGCCCACAAAUAUGUUAUACCGACAACGGCCGAUUUGCUGGUGAUGUACUCAUCGUACAAGGGCCAUGUUUCGUGGAGAAGCACCGUGGGAGGUUCGUGGUUCAUACAGGCACUGUGUGCGGAGCUGGAAAUCAGCUGGCGACACCUGGAGCUGCUGCAGCUGCUGACGGCCGUUUCACGCAGGGUGGCUUACGAUUAUCAAUCAAACGUUCCGCAGAGUGAAACGAUGAAUGCAAUGAAACAAAUGCCCUCUAUUGUGUCGAUGCUAACGAAGCUUGUUUAUUUCCCUGUGAAGAAAGAGUUGCAAUAAAGGUUCUACAUACAACACGA